ACUUUUUUUCAGUAUAAUAACAUAAAGUAACUUUUACUGUUUCUGCUUUAUCUUUCGGUGUCUCUUUUUACUGUAAUAAUUAAUGAUUUUAAAAUAAUUAACAAUAUCAAGGCUGGUCUGGGAAUACAAAUUGGCCAAGGAGAAAUUAGACAUUUUGGGAUAAAUUGAUAAAGUAGAAGCUUAAUUUAUUAAGUCCGUCAAAAAUUUAACAAAAUGUUCAAAAUGAUGGGUUUCUUAAGUAAACUACCGCAUAAAAUAGCUGGACAAAAUAUGGCCGUCAAUAUUAUGUCUAGAAGUAUGGCUUGUAAAAAUGUACCACAAAAAAUGGAAGAUUAUUUCAAAAACAAAAAAAUUAUAGUGACUGGAUCUUGUGCUGGUAUGGGCGAAAAAAUUACAGAGAGAUUACUAGAUUUGGGUGCAUUUGUUUACGCAGUGGUAGAGAAGGAAGAGGGAGCUGCUAAAGCAUUACCAAGAACAAAACAAAUAUUUUGUGAUGUUUCAAAUUGGGAGGACACUUAUAAGAAAAUGUAUGACAUCGGACCAGUACAUGGUUUGGUCAACAAUGCUGGUGUGGCUGUUAUAGAACCAUUUUUUGAAGUCACCGAACAUGGUUGGGAUAAGACUUUGAAUGUUAAUGCCAGAGCCUUAGUGAGAGUAAGUCAAGCAGUGGCCAGAAACAUGAUUGAUGCUGGUAUCAAAGGAUCUAUUGUCAAUAUUUCUUCGACAAUUUCAACUAGAGCCAUACCCGAUCAUACAACAUACUGUGCAUCUAAAGGAGCUGUGAAUCAAAUAACCAGAACAAUGGCAAUCGAGCUGGGUAAAUGUGGUAUCCGUACAAACAGCGUAAAUCCAACUGUCGUGUUGACCCGUAUGGGUAAAAUUGCAUGGUCAGAUCCCGCGAAAUCCGAACCCAUAAUGAAACGAAUUCCACUGGGCAGAUUUGCAGAAACCGAUGACAUCGCGAAUGCUGUGAUUUUCAUGCUCAGCGACUAUUCUACAAUGGUGAACGGAACAUCCCUCGUAGUUGACGGCGGAUUCUUGGCAGGAUAGACAACUUUGCUGCAAAACAAAAUUAUUAGAAUUCACUAAUUCAAAACAAAAAGCUACUUUAAAAAAAAAUUUCAUGACACACAUUGUAUGCAAUAUAUUUAUUACACGCAUUUUACAAUAACUCAUAUCAUACGU